AUGAUGAGCACCUCGCACGGCUCCUCUUCUACCCGAGACGUCCCCUUUGAGCUGAAGACCGUCGACACAGCCUCUCCCUCGGACGCCCACCGGGUCGAUCACAAGGAUACUCCUCAAGUGCUGCUCGAGUACACAGCCUACCUCGGCCGCUGUAUCGCGGGUGUCGAUGACAAGCCGACCAUCACUUCGGUGCCGAAAACCAGGCGCAAGUGA